AUGAAGAGGCUGCCUGAUGAUCUGGGGUUUGAUGAGUUCACUACUGUUCCUGUUGAGGGUUUUGGUGCUGCUUUACUUGCUGGUUAUGGAUGGAUUGAAGGAAGAGGGGUUGGAAGAAACGCCAAGAAAGAUGUGAAGAUCGUGCAGUAUGAGAGGAGAACUGCCAAGGAAGGACUUGGGUUUAAGCCGGAGAUGCAUGAUAGGAAGCAGGAAGGGCUGUUGGAUGGAAGAGAGGAGGUCACUUCCAAGGUUAAUGAAGUUGCUGAGUUGGGUUCAGUGGAAGAAAAGAAAUGCUUGAAGAACUUGGUGGAGUUGAAAAUUCAAGAAUCCAGGGAUGACAAAAGCAGCAGGGAUGAGAGAAGAGCUACUUCAGGUAGCCAUGGUUAUGACAGAGAAAAGAGGGAUGGAAGUAAUGACUAUAGGAGGAAGGAUAAGAGACAGAGAGAAGAGGGAAGAAGAGGUGGUGAAAUGAAAAUUGACAAUGGAGCAACAUCUUGA